AUGCAGUGUUUGCGCUGCCAUGGUUCGGGACAUGCGCGUCGCGAGUGAAAGGUGCCACGUUGCUCACGCUGUCGGCGUUUCGGUCAUGUCAACGCCGACUGCAUUCGUUCCUACGCCGCGGUGACCGGAACAGCCGGCGAUCAGGAUUCAACGGUGCACAUUAUGGACGUCACCGAGGCGGAGGACGCAGCGAAGGGUAGCGGGGAUGUGAUCACAACUGGGCCACAUUGCGAUGCUCAUCUCCAGCAAGUGAAAAUCGAUCAGAGGCAGUACACAGCCCGCCGGACUCUGCUGAAAAACGGUUGAGGGAACAGACGAUUCUGCACAAGAUGUAAGUUCUGAAGUAGCCGAAACUCUCACACAAGAAGUGUCUAAACGGGGAGCCGCGAAAAGCGUACCUCGUAGUUCAAGUGCUCACCUGGACGUUGUCGGCGUGUCACCGAACGCCAGCGGCGUCGCGUGGAGUACUGGCGUCAGCUCGGCAGUUAAAAGACCUCUGGAAGACGCCACAAGCCAAGGAGACAAGGUCGGCGCGCGAAGCGUCGAGGGACCGCCUGCGAAGACACCAACGGGACGUUGUUCGCGGGCUUCGCCUCUGCCAUCUUCACAAAUGGGCGAACUUCAAAGGCUACGGCUUCGAGGUAAAAACCGACAAGAAGGGCCACGGAUUCCUCAUCACCAAAGUCGACAUCCAGAGCCCUGCAGAUAUGGGCGGCUUGCGCAACGACGACAGGAUCAUUGAGGUCAACGGGACGUCGGUGAACGGCAAGACGUACCAGGACGUACUCGGCCACAUCAACGAGGACCCGACCAAAGUGCAGCUGCUGGUCAUCGAUCAUGAGACGGACCAGGAGUUUGCGAGACGCCACGAGGUGCCGAGCAGAAAGUCUCCCGGUUUGGUGCACAAAUCGGCGCCUGCCAAGAUGCCACAUCCGACCGUUUCCCGAGAGCGCAAGCCAGUGGGCAUCCACAAGGCGCCAUCCAUGCUCAGCGACAAAGUCAUCGCCAUUGAGGAGCUGUCUAGCGGCUCCACAACACCCGUCGAGGUCGGCAAACCAGGGAGGAAAGCGAAGCCCGUCAAACCGAAGGCGUCGGGCAAGCGCGGCGGCAAAGCCAAAGCAGCCGAGGUGUCGAAGGCGGAGGCCGAGCUGCGGCAGAAGUUCGUGCGCGCCCGAGUGGCGGAGGGCGCCGAGGCCGACUUGGGCAAGGCCGAGGACGACACCGAACCGGCCGACCGAUCCGAGCCCCCCGAGCGCCGCGGCAUCAACGCGUUCUCGGCGAAUGCGACGUCCGCAUUCCCGUCUACGCCACCGUACUCCUCGCCCGAACUCGGUUACUACGGUGGAUUCGCGGACGACGCACCGCCAGACUCGGCCGGCUAUUACUGGACCGACGACCAGUACCCCUCGGCUCCUCCCUCGUCGCCCAUGUACGCGCCGCAGUUCAGCGGGCCACCGUCGCCGCCGUACGCGCAGUCGCCCGCCUACCCGAUGUCGCCGUACGACGCGCCGUCUCCCAUGUCCGGCGCGGGCGGCUACGCGCAGUACGCGGUUCCGGGAUCGCCGUACUGGUCUCCGCCUAUGAUGACGCCGAUGGUGUCGUACCAGGCACCUUACGGGCCGCUAAUGCCGAUGCCGAGUGCCUACGGCUACCCGUACGUGCUGUCGAGCUCUCCCGACUUCUCGUUCUAUUCGGCCCCUUACCCGAGCUACCCACCGUUCCCGUAUGCUGGCGGACCCACUCCGAGCGCCGUACAGGCUGAAGAGGGCGGCGCCGCUCAUGCUGCGCCGCAUCAGGCAGGCUCUGCUCAUCCCGGCCCACGGAGAGAGGCGAAGCCGCGUAAAGGGAAAGCGAAGGGAAAGGCAAACGCUAAAGGCACGACCUCGCCUGCGCCAAAGGGUCACAAGCCGGACCAAGGGCCGUGACGUGGGGAGCUCUUAGUGCAGUUUUUUCCCCCGUUUUUUCAAAGUCGUCGUAUAUGUUGUUUUCGCGACUUUCGCGCAAGUCGUCUUAUAGGAGGUGCUAUUGAGAACGGCGAGAAAAUGAGGACAUAGAGCUGCUUGCUUGCGUAGAGGUACAUGGCUGCGGAUUGUGUCAACCGCGUAUACGUUGUAUUUUUGCGACGUACUCGGUUCAGAUGUUCGGCGUUUCGUGGUUGACUCUCGUCUUCUGAACUCUCUCGCAAGCGCUGUUCACUGUACUGUCUCGAACGAAGACAUAAGGACGAGCGUAGGCGUUCGGAUGACCGGUAAAACGCGUCUGCGGUCUUGCUGGGUCUGAAGAACUGCGACGGUAACCGAAUCAGUAGUAGCCUCAAAAUACAUGAAUGUGCUCCGAAUUACAUGUUAGCUAUCCACGGCAAUCUCCACCGGAAAGAUAACGAAUAUUACGUACAAACCGGAAUUUUAAUACUAGAUAGAAAAUGCUAGCUCAAGAUGAUGGCGCUCGUACGUGCCUUGCGAGAGCCAAAGUUCAUGCCUAAAUGACGUUGGACUCAUAUGUCGAUGACGGUAGGGCAUAUUGCAUUAGCCCGUGGCUAUAACCAUUGUACGAUGCAAGCCUACAGCGAGUCAGUAUAGAUUACCAGCGCGUACAAGCCGUCAUCUUCUUUGUCUUAAAAAAAGGUCGCGUUUAGUAUAGGACAACCGAUAAUAGUACUCUAUGUGUCCGCAACGCAAUGGUCUGUGCUUCUGCGCUCUUGAACCUUAACAGCUAAAGAUAUUAGAACUGCAUGCCCUGUGUGCUCAACUAUAUGUUUGAUGUGACGCGUAAAUGUUCUCAUCCAGAAAUAUUCGCAAAUACAUGUCUUUCCUCUUACGCAGUCACGGCGUUCGCGCAGCCUGCCACAGCAGUAUUUUUUUAGAGCGCAGCUCUUUGGCGUCCGUUCCUGGGUUUCGCGUCGGCGUUGUCGUCGGCCUCGUAACCAGCUCCGCCCCCCUUUCAUCCCCCCAGCGCUAGCAGCGACCGACUGAUACCGCUGGAUGCCGCU